GGAACAAAAACUGGGAGAGAACUCUCUUUUAACUCUUGCAAAAAAAGAGCCCGAAAGUUGUAUCAAAAUGGCGCAGUAACUCUACAGUCUCUCUAGCGGCCGAACAUACAACAUUUGUGUUUCAUAUAAAUAUUCCGGUCUAUGAUCAAAAGUGUUCAAGCCGUGACAAUCCUGUCUUCUUAGGGGAAAGAACAACACUUGAAAGUCAUGGAUAGAAGACGCUACUUGAAUUUUUCCAAGGCUGAUGGGAAAUCUGAUGUUACAGGUUCUAAUUCUCUUAAAUUCAAUAAAGGAGGUGAUGGACGUCCUCGAGGCUUUGGCUUUCAGGGGUUUGCUAUUAAUAAGAAGCCUGCAGAACCCCAAAAUGUUAAACCACCUGGAACUGAAACUCUCGGUUUUACACCUGGCAGUACACUUUUUCCUGGCAGAUCAUACGGUUUUCAUACAAACAUUGGAAAGAAAAGAGUAAAAAGUGAAGAAGAAUAUUUUGACGACGACGACGAUGAAAACCUUGAUUUGGAGUACCAACCGGCACCUGGUAGCCCUGGAGUGGACAAAGAAGAAGGUGAUGACAACAGUGAUAGCGACGACCCAUUGGAUGCAUUUAUGGCUAAUAUUGAGAAAGAGGUGAAAGAUCAGGACAACAAAAUGAAAAAAGAAACCCCAAAGACUGACAAAGGGGUUCGGGAAGAUAUUGAACAGGAAGAUGAUCAGGAAUCGUACUUCCGAUACAUGGAGGAGAACCCAACUGCUGGUCUAUUGAAAGAUGACGAGGAAAUAGAAGUUGAAUACGAUACUGAAGGCAAUGCCAUUAUUCCUGAGAAAAUGAAGAGUAUCGAUCCUUUACCACCAGUUGAUCACACUGAAAUCACAUACAUGGACUUUGAGAAGAACUUUUAUGAGGAACAUGAAGAAAUCAUCAAAUUAAGUGAUGAACAGCUUGAUGAACUCCAACAAAAACUUGGUAUUAAAGUAACUGGGUUGUGUCCUCCCAGACCCGUUAGCAGUUUUGCUCAUUUUGGAUUUGAUGAAGGACUCAUGAAUAUCAUAAGAAAAUCAGAAUAUACACAACCUACACCCAUUCAAGCACAGGGGGUACCAGUUGCUUUGUCUGGCCGAGAUAUAAUUGGAAUUGCUAAAACUGGCAGUGGGAAAACAGCUGCCUUUAUUUGGCCAAUGCUUAUACAUUUGAUGGAUCAGAAUGAACUAGAAGAAGGUGAUGGCCCCAUUGGAUUAAUUUUAGCUCCUACUCGGGAAUUAUCCCAGCAAAUCUAUCAUGAAGCUAAAAAGUUUGGUAAAGUCUACAAUAUUCGUGUGGUUUGUGCUUAUGGUGGUGGGAGCCUUUGGGAACAAUCAAAGGCAUGUCAGGAAGGAGCUGAAGUCAUUGUUGCUACACCCGGUCGUCUGAUAGAUCUUGUGAAGAAAAAAGCCACUAAUUUACGGCGAGUAACAUACUUGGUAUUUGAUGAGGCAGACAGAAUGUUUGAUAUGGGUUUUGAAUCCCAAGUGCGGUCGAUAGCUAAUCAUGUUCGACCAGACCGUCAAACUUUGUUGUUCAGUGCAACCUUUCGGAAGAAGGUUGAACGUCUGGCAAGAGAUAUUUUGACUGAUCCGAUACGUGUGAUUCAAGGAGAGUUAGGGGAGGCCAAUCAAGAUGUUACCCAGCUUGUAGAUGUAUUACCAACAGCACCGAUUAAAUGGCGAUGGCUACUGAAAAGACUUGUGGAAUUUACCUCUUUGGGCAGCAUAUUAAUUUUUGUGACAAGGAAAAGCAAUGCUGAGGAACUGGUCUCAAAUUUGAAAAGCAAAGAUUUUGAAGUUGGGCUUCUGCAUGGUGAUAUGGAACAGGCUGAACGAAACAAAGUCAUAACAAUGUUUAAGAAGAAGGAAGUUCUAAUCUUAGUGGCUACUGAUGUUGCUUCACGAGGUUUGGAUAUUCCCUCAAUAAAAACGGUGGUGAACUAUGAUGUGGCCAGAGAUAUUGAUACUCACACUCAUCGUAUUGGACGUACUGGUCGAGCAGGAGAGAAAGGUUAUGCAUACACUUUAGUUAAUGAGAAGGAUAAAGAUUUUGCUGGACACCUUGUACGAAACCUUGAGAGUUCCAAUCAGCAUGUACCUCAGAGUUUACUGGAUUUAGCUAUGCAGAAUUCUUGGUUUCGGAAAAGUCGUUUCAAGCAAGGGAAGGGUAAAAAAGUGAACACUAUGGGUAAAGUUUUUGGAUAUCGGGAACGACCUGGAUUAGGGGCAGAAAAUAGUUCUUCAGUGCAGGAAUCGAGUUUCAGCGGUUUUAGACCUGCAACAUCAACUGCUUCAUUAGCCCUGUCUUCUAGGCCACAGAGUGACCGGUUGGCAGCCAUAAAGUCAGCAUUUGCUGCUCAAUUCAAAUCGAAUUUUGUGGCUGCAUCAGAAGAAAACAACACACAGUUAAUGCACCAACCGAAAAUAAGUGAAAAUACGGAGUUACAGCCAGACAGUAAACGCCGUAAAAAAAGUCGGUGGGAUUAACUUUAUCAUUUCUAUCAGUUAAGGGCAAAGUGCUUCUCUCACCAUCAACAUGACACUUUUUACUCAGUUACACGCUAUCAACUCCUCCUGAAUGGGUCAAUAGUACUACGACUGCCUUUAUUACAGUGUCUGUUUUGUUUCUUAGCCAAUAAAUCCAUCAAUCUUUACUUUUUCUAUCACCUUCUCUCUUCUUAAUCUGUGUAUUUCUUACAGACCUCUCCCCUCUAACUCACACACAUAACGAAUUUUUUCCCCCCUUUCUUUUCUUCAUUCCUUAAAACUUCCAAAAUCACCCUCUCUUCUUGAUUCACCAUAACAUUGUAAAUACAUUACAAUUAAAUUGAAUGCAUUUAUAUUUUCUGAAAAAAGAAAAACCAGUAUAAAAAUGUAAAUAGGCUGCCCAUUUAGGACCACCUACUUAUUUUAGCACUACAUUUAGAUAUUAUGAAGGACAUAAAAAGUAUAAUUUAUAUAUAUCCACAUCCUUGGUGCUGAGAUUUCUUUUUACCCAUCACCUGCUUCCAUAUUAAUACGUUAAUCACAAUCAUACAUUUGUUAUAAGAAGUAGUUAUAUUUCAAAUAUUUAGUUUUGAAAUCAAAAUAUUGGUUCUGGAGUCACAUGUCUUUGUCCGAUGUUUUUUUUUUUGUAAUAAUUUCUUUUUUUCAUCCUAAUCUGUCCCCAGAUUGUUGUGUGUGAGAUGAACUUAACCAGUGAUUCACUAACUAACAAUAUCACUUACUUGAAUAUUGAUUUACAAGUUCUCUCAAUGUUUGACUUUUAAUCUCUUGAUUAUCUUCCUAAAAAUAUUGUCUUUUUCCCUGGUGAACAACAAUGAGCAGCUUGCUCUUUUUCAAUAUAUUAGGAAUGGAAACCAAGUCAUAUCAUUUCUCUCUCUCUCAUUAUCGUCUGUUGCUAUUAUCAUGCCACACUAUGUUGCUAACUACAGGUCAGCUUAAACUUCUGUUAAUGUCUGUAUAAGAGCAGUUAUACAAAAUAUGAAGAUAAGUUUUGAUCUCUAGUUAGACAUAGUGUACUAGGAUACAGAAGAAACCUUUUACAGAUAUAAUCUGACAAUUCUUUUUAGCUGUUUUAUGCCACUUGAAAAUAUUGCAGGUUGAUUGAACUGCUGGUAGUAUCACUGUUGCGGAACCUCAUUGGAACGGAAGGAUAUUCUGAAAUAGUGUCCUAAAUGUAAUUCUAGCUCCAUAACAAGACUUGUACCUCCUUAAACAAUACAAUACUCCUGUUGUCUAAAAACAGAAUUAUAUUCUCAUGACAUUUAUUUAUGGUUCUUUUGACUAGUUCAGCAAAAGUUAAAGGUCUCGGGCAUUGACAUGACAUAGUGCCAGUGAUGUGGAACCCUUCAGUCAGCAAUAUAACAUAUCAUUUCUCAACCAUCCCUGACUUUUGAUAAAUAGUAAUAACAGUAUGGAAACUUGUUUGUUUGUUUGUUUAGUGCCACUGCUAGCUUUAGCAUUUUUAUCAUAUCAAGUGAUGGUUUUCAUGCGUCUUCCAAUUGCUUCGAAUAGACAAGACAAUUAUAAAUUAUAUUAAUCUGUCUAUGGUGAAAGCAUUUCAGGAUUAUUCAAUAAUAAAAAAAAAACUGGCUUAGCAUUUGAUGAGGGAAAUAUUUCUAAUAUAUUGAUAAGAUAUUGGAAGAUUAUCAGUCAUAGUAACCAUUUCAGUAGCCUUUUUCUAUUAAGAAAAAGCAAAUCCUUCAAGCAUGAAAUUAAAGAUUACCACUGAGGUUUACACAACAAGCGUGUGUAGAUGAAGCCCUCAGAGGAUUUUCAAGGACAAAAAGGAGUUGAACACAACUUAGUAAUCUAUAAAGACAGUGUUCAGCUGAAUUCACAACUGGAAAUGUAUAGAUCAUUUAAACCAUGACACACAUUCAGAUUUGCAAAUAUAUAUAUGUUUAGAUGUUGGUAGUAAUAUUUAAGUGGUUAAAGCUCUGUUUUCUUGACGUUAUUAAUAUUCUUAAGAUGGGUUUUAAUUUCUCUUUAUUUAAAGCAUUGACCAUGUGACAGGUUCUUGUGAACCAAUGACAAUGUUUUGAAUAGUCAGGCAUAGCUGUGACAUGAGGUGUCUCAGCUGUGACCAUAAGGUCUUAUCUAGUGACAUUGUGUCUAUGAUUACAUGAUGCAAUGUAGCUUAUAUUUAAAGUAGUAGGGUGUGAUUUAAGGUAGGUUUUAUUGUUUCUAGAAGGUAUAGAGAUCAUAUAGAGACGCUGCCUUAUUGGCUUGAGCUAAAUAGUUUUCCAUGCUGACAAUGUUUCAGUUGAUUGACCGAAAUGCAAGAGAAAAUUUCAUUCAGUGGUGGUUCUGUUUGUAGCUCAUUGCUACAAAUGUCAACACAUGUUCAUUAUUCAAAUCCAAGUUUUGUUACAGCUCUCUGUCUAGGAAUUAAAACCUUAUUUUUUAAAAAGUCCUGGACAAAUACAACACUUAAGAGUGCCCUUAGCUUCUUUGAUUUGAGGCUAAUAGAAGAUUUUAGAUUGUAAUUGAUAAAUCUAAAAUCUAUUCUUAAUGGUUUAAGUUUUUUUUUAUAUUAAACACUCUAGUCUUGAAAUCUAAUUGUUGGCAAUCAUUAUAGUAAUGAGCUCCCAAUAAACUGAAUCUGGGCAGCCCAGUUUUAUUUUACAGUUGUUAACCAUGUCACUUCACUUCCAUUACUAAAAUCCUCAAACUGUCAUCUCCUCUUCCCUAUAAAUUUGAAUUACUGAAUAUAAAACGGAGACUCUUGUAUCUCUCUAAGAACAAAAAAUAAUAAUAUCCAGUAACAAGUUUUAUUUAUUUUUUUUUUUUUGUCAUUUUGAAAUAAUUUUUACUGUACAAUGUAAAACAAUAGCUCAAUAUUAGUCUUUCAGACACAAUAUGAUGCUGAUAUUUCACUGUUCUUUUUACUUUACUGGAAAAAAAAAAAUGAAAUAAUACCUUUUGACAUUUCUCAGCUGUCCUCAAAUUUGUUAACAACAAAUUGUAGUUUGUAUUUGUUUUUAAUAAAGAUGUGGACUACGUGGCUCUCAUCCCCUUCCCAACAAUUUGAUGUUAUUUUCUGAAUGAAAAUAAGAAAAUAUAUUAAACUAAUACAAGCAUGUUCUAUAUGAAAAUAAAUAAUUCAGCCCUGACAUUCUUAGAGCUGAGAAUUUUAGAGUAA